GAAGGCGAAAUCGUAACAGAUGGAUUGGCCGGUGAAUGUUUGCAUUUGGUGCUCGAAGGAGGUGAUGAUUGGCGUACGCCAUUGCAGCAAGUUUUUAAUAAAAAACUUGGUCCCUCGUGGAAUUUUCUGGUCAUGGAGCUGCAGUCUGGGGUGGCGCACUUUCACGUUUUAAAACCCGAGACGAAACCAGUGAAAACCUAUCUGGAAUGUGCGGUGCUCUGGCUCACUGCACUCUACGACGAUAACGCGUCAUCGGCUUCGGCGCCGCCAAAACCGAAAACAAUAAAAAAGGUGGUCAAGAAAUUAGCAACAGACAAAGCUGCCGCAGGCACUACUGACGGGAAAGCAGCUAGUAAGACGGGCAAAGUGAGCCGUAAGAAAGUUGCCGCAUCGAUAACGACAGCGCCGGCAUUAGCAGCAGCAGCAAGCCCUGACACGAAAGCUGGGAAUGACGCCAGUGCUUGCACUCUUCCUAGUAAAAAAGACAUGGAUGCAAAACUUCGUAAUUCAUUAACGAACGGCACUGGCGCCGCUGGCAACGAUAGCAGCUGCACAAAUGGUGACGGUUCUGGAGAUUCCGGAGUUUCAGUUGUUGACUCGGAUUCAGAAAAAUCACCAAAAAACAAGAAAGCCACAGAUUUUGAUGAACAAGACAGCACCUCACCAUCCCAGGAACGAGUCGAUACUGCAUCUGGUGAGUACAGUACCGCACAAUCCAAAUCCAAUCCACAGCUGAAG